GAAUCAGCCACCCUGGCCCCGCCCCUCGGGGCCGCUCAGCCAAUAGGAUGGCCUCUUGGAUUAUCCCGUCGGUAUAAAGCCUGAGGAUGCUGAGGCUGCGGGAAGAGUCCUGACUCCCACCCAGACCCGAGAACCGGAACAGAACCGGACCGGACCUUCGCUGAAGUGACAGGCAUGGAACACUCCAAACCCCCCGCAGCCCAGUUCCCCAAAGCCGACAAGAAGGAGUCCGGCUCCGGGGACGCGUCUUCCGCCUUUAACGGACACUUUGCCGGGCCGGUGAAGCGCACCGGGGCUCCGGCCGCGGACCGACCGGCCCCCUCCGCCUCCGCCUCCGUGAUGGAGAGCUGGAAGGAGGAGCGGACCCGCAGCGUGGAGGACAACGAGAUGAGCCUGCCGUCCCUGGCCGCAGCCUACACCACCAUCCUGCGGGGGCUGGGGGAGGACCCGCAGCGCCAGGGGCUCCUGAAGACCCCCUGGAGGGCCGCCACCGCCAUGCAGUUCUUCACCAAGGGAUACCAGGAGAAAAUUAUCGACGUACUGAACGACGCCAUCUUCGACGAAGACCACGAUGAGAUGGUGAUCGUCAAAGACAUCGACAUGUUCUCCAUGUGUGAACAUCAUCUGGUGCCCAUCUUCGGCAGGGUUCACAUCGGUUACCUCCCCAACAAGAGAGUUCUGGGUCUCAGCAAGUUGGCCAGGAUUGUGGAAAUCUACAGCCGUCGAUUACAAGUUCAGGAGAGGUUGACCAAACAAAUCGCCGUGGCGAUCACUGAGGCCCUGCAGCCAACCGGUGUGGGUGUGGUCAUCGAGGCAACGCACAUGUGUAUGGUGAUGCGCGGCGUUCAGAAGAUGAACAGUAAAACCGUCACCAGCACCAUGUUGGGAGUUUUCAGGGAAGAUCCCAAAACCCGAGACGAGUUUCUGACCCUGAUCCGGAGCUGAGGACCCUGGUCCUGGUGGUGGCCAUCCUCCUCCUGUUGCCUGGGGUUACCUCCUCCUGCCGGUCCAGCGGCCGGUCACCCUCAGUGUGUGUGUUUUCAGUCUGAGUGUGAAUGAGUGUGUGUUUUUCUGUUUUUCUUUGCUGUUCUCGGUGGUUUUUCUGGUCAGAGUUUGGAGCCUUCACCUCUGUGUGGGGACGUUGACACUGUUUGUUCCACAUGGACAGACAGACUUUAGCCGUUUGUCCACGAGUUUCCUGUGUGAGCGUUAGUCAAACAUCAGACUGAACAGGAACCGUCCCUGAUAAACCAACCCCAUCAGGUCCUUCUGGUCUCAGCUCCACAUGACCUGACAUCAGGUUUUUGUAGCUGCUUCGUGCUUCUCAGGUGGAUCGGGUUGGAUUUAUGUCGGGUUCAGACGCCGAUAAAAGGUCAGAAACUCAGAGACUUUACAAAACAAACAGCGUCAACAACACAGGCUUUGUCCCUGUGUCCUAGACUGAGGUCUGGAGGGCUUCAUGGGUUUUCUACGUUUCCAUCUUUUUUUUUUUUGUGUGUUGUUUUUAAACAGAAGUGUCCAUACAGAGAGGUGAAUUAAGCUCCGCCCCUUCCACUGUGUCCCAACUUUAGACGAAGUGUGACACUGAUGACAAUGGCAAACCAAUUAUUCAUGUUUUGAUCCUGUUUUUUUUGCGUCUCCAUUUACACAUAUGAUGUUUGAAGAUUUAAAACGUACUUUUAUGAGGCAAGAAAGUCACAAUUUGUUAAAACAAACAAACAUUCAGUUAACUGUUAAACAGUUCAGUAUCACAUAUGAUACAUGUCAACAGCAAAAUGACAGGUGUUAAAGUGUUAAAGUGUUAAAGAGGUUUAAUGGAUCCAAUCUGGUUUAAUGGAUCCAGUCUGGUUUAAUGGAUCUGGUCUGGUUUAAUGGUUCCAGUCUGGUUUAAUGGAUCCAGUGUAGUUUAAUGGAUCUGGUCUGGUUAAACGGAUCUGGUCUAGUUUAAUGGUUCGGGUCUGGUUUAAUGGAUCCGGUCUGGUUUAAUGGAUCUGGUCUAGUUUAAUGGCUCUGGUCUGGUUAAACGGAUCUGGUCUAAUUUAAUGGUUCUGGUCUGGUUUAACAGUUCCAGUCUGGUUCAUUGGAUCCGGACUGGUUUAAUGGAUCCCGUCUGGUUUAAUGGUUCCAGCCAGGUUUAAUGGAUCUGGUCUGCUUUGAAGGUUUGAGUCCAGUUUAAACGUUCCAAUCUAGUUUAAUGGUUCCAGUCUGGUUUAAUGGAUCCAGUCUGGUUUAAUUGAUCUGGUCUGGUUUAAUGGAUCUGGUCUAGUUCAAUGGUUCUGGUCUGUUUUAACAGUUCCAGUCUGGUUUAUUGGAUCUGGUCUGGUUUAAUGGAUCCGGUCUAGUUUAAUGGAUCUGGUCUGGUUAAACGGAUCUGGUCUAGUUCAAUGGUUCUGGUCUGUUUUAACAGUUCCAGUCUGGUUUAUUGGAUCUGGUCUGGUUUAAUGGAUCCGGUCUGGUUUAAUGGAUCCGGUCUGGUUUAAUGGUUCUGGUCUAGUUUAAUGGAUCUUGUCUGGUUUAAUGGUUCUGGUCUGGUUUAAUGGAUCUGGUCUGGUUUAAUGGAUCUGGUCUGGUUUAAUGGAUCUGGUGUGGUUUAAUGGUUCCAUCUUCAGACUCUGACCAGAUUGUGGACAGACACCGUUACCAUGACGACGCCUCCAUAACUUCCAGGUGUGUUUUCUUUAUAUUUACAAUUUUUUUUCUGAUAAUUCAAGGUUUUUUCAACAAACUCAGACUUUAUUCACUUGUAAAAUUCUUUAAAUUGACAAACAUCUUGUGUGUAAAUGAGGCAGAAGUCUGGUCUCUUAUCUUUGACUGGACUGAUUUUUUUUUUUUCUGAAAUAAGGUCCCAUUGGUAGUAAUUAGCGCUCGGUGGCUAAUUAGCAGGUGAACUGACAGACACAUGCUCUGUUCAUAAAGUUAGAAUAACAUAUUUUUACCUGUUCUCGUGACAUAAUUGUAUUAAUGUGAUUCAUUGUUACAGAUAAAGUGUGACUGGGACUCAUUAUGUAAUAAUUACACCUGGUCCAAAGUGAUUAAAUAGGAAUGAAAAGAGAAAUGAGUCUGAAAACAGAAUAAUUCCAACUUAAUGGGCAGCAGUGUAUUAUUAUAUUAAAUUACAGACUGUAUGAAAUGGCUUUAAUCACCUGGACAAAAAUGUUGAAAAUACAUGCAUUUUUUUUUUUUAUUGUUGCACGUGAUGAAAAUCAAAAAUAAAGAUGAAAAACAAGUUUUAACCCCGAUACUUAAAACUAACUUGGGAAAUACUGAGCCCCACAUAAUAAAGAAAGUGUAGGUGUUUUUAGGACUGAGCUACCUCUGUGUAGCAGAUACAAAUCUGCUCUGAAACUCAUUUUUCACAACCACUUGUUUUUUACAAUAGAUAUUCUGAUUGUUUACAGCAGAAAAUAUCAUAAAAAGUCAAACUUGAAAGUCUUAAAACCUUACAAAUACAACAACUCUGUGUUUUUUCAUGUAUUCUUAGUGAAAGUCACUAAACCUUCCUCUUUAUUUCCUUAUAUUGUAGAAGACGUAGAUAACUCAGCGCUGAUCAUAAAAAUAAAAAAAACUAGAUUUGUUUUACUCUUUGACAGCAGAUGGUGGUUGUGGAGAAUCCGCCCCAGAUGCAGACCGCAGAUUAAAAGCUGCACUCAAAUAUAAAGCCACUAUUUUUCUCAUUUUUCCAGUGGAUUUUUGUCUUAUCGUGCCGUCCUGUCAAAGGUCCGGCCUCUUUGUGCCAGUUUGCCUCUCGUAUAAAACCAAAAAAAUAGAUGAAUCAGAUAAAAACAGCUUGACGGCAGAGCUCAGAUCUGAAGGUUUUCGUGUCAGAGGCAGAUAUAGUGUGUGUGAUGCAGCAGAUGAGACGACUAAGUGUGAAACUACAGGUUUUUUUGUCACUUUCUUUGCGUUUCCACACAUCGUCGUGUCCCCAGACUGACUUAAGGAGGUUUUAACCGAUGUAACAGACCAAAGUUUAGGGUUAAAGUGACCAAUUCCAGAUUAUACCCCCAUGAUAUCAGUAGUAUUGAGUGACAGACACAAGAAUGACUUCAGUUUUCAACAUUUUAUUGGAGAUAAGUUAAGUGAGAACUCCAAACCAUUACUU